AUGCCCCUCUCCCCCACCCCCCUCAAACUCACCCUCAGAGGUGGAGCUCCUCCUUCGGCUACUACUACAUCAUCUGAAGACGACUCUUCGAACUCGAGUACAUAUACAAACGGGACGUACACAAAUGGAGAUACGUCGAAGAAAGAUGAUGAUGAGUCGGCGAUUGAAUCUGGGGAUGAGAAGAAAGCGGACGAGAAGAGGGAGGAUGCUAGGAGGAGGAGGGAGGAGAGAUACAGUGGUUCGGUGUUGAGAUUCUCUCAAGAUCCAGGUAAGCAGCUCUAA